AUGGAUCAACUUCUAGCAAGAGCAGGUAGCCAGGCAGUUACGUUUGCUAUACGACUGGGCAUCACGUUUGCUUCUGGAUAUGCGGUUCGUACUGUGACCAAAUUUCUAGACAAGAUCCCUGAAUCGGAAAAGAAGAAGAUCUUGGACAAAAGAACCAAAAUAAGAAUAAAAACUGACAUUUUAGGCCAGGCAAUGGACCUUAUACGAUUGGCGGCAGUCAGAGGGAACACAUCUCUUGAACCAUCACUCGAGCUAAUUGAAGCGGUUACAAGCGAGAUUGAGCGUUUUGAAACUAAGAUGAGCUCUAUUACAGAAACUUUGAGCUCACUUAACGAAAAGGAAUCCGUGAUAGAGGUCAAUAGAUGCAUGGAUAAUUUGUUAACUCAGCUUGAUGAAGCUAUUCCGCUCCUCCAGUUGUCAAUUGCAACAUCUGGCACCACCAUGAAGACAAGUUUAUCACCUUCUGUUUCUCCAGGGCGGUUACUCCAGGCUUCUAGCUUAGUUGCAAAAGCAAAUGAGUCUAAACUGCCAUGUAACGUUGGACCUGUCUUUGACCUCGUUUACUACUCUGUGUUUUAUAACCCGAGCAGGCUCAAGUACAUUGACCAUGAAGACAACAAGAAAGUAGAUGUUGCCAAAGAUGACGACUUGCUAGCCAUUUCGUGGAAAGAAGAAUACUCUCGUGCUCUGGUUCGUAUAAUAUCCAACAACAAAUCGUCUUUCCAGUACUCCUUGGAAAUACGCGAGGACCACAAUGAUGGUCGGUAUCAUGAUGAGAAACCAAAAGUAGUGGUAUACGAUGUCAAGUCCAUCAUGCGCAUGUUCUUUUCUGCUUCUGGCAAACUUUUAAAACUCGAAUCGAGAAGUGCACCAGUAUUAAUGUUCAAGCUCGUUGACAAGGACGAAAACGAAGAGUGGAUAGCACUAGGUCAAGUAGGUGUCGGCGAAUUCGAUGACAGUGAUAGCGAAGAAGAUGAAUCAGAGGACGAGGCGCCGGCACCACAAGAGGACAAGCACUUGUCACUCUCGCUUUUAGAAUACCUUCUACGUUUAUGUGCAUUGCAGCAGAGAGAUCAGACUUCCAUUUUUGAAACGUCAGACGAAAAACUUGCUCUAUAUUUGCAAGAUGAAAAUGCUAAGAAUACGAUAUAUGAAACAAGCCGACAAAAGCGAGAUCGACUUCUCGAUGAAGCAAACACAAACAACGCCAUUGAUCUUGAUUCCAAUAUGAACAGGCUAAAAAACCUCGACUUGCAGCUGUAA